GAAGAUUUAGAAUGUUAUCAUUUGCGCAGUCGGCCCAAAUACUAAACCUGGGAAUCUCUUUCGGCACAAAAUUAACGUCCCGCACAUUAAGAAGAAGAAACAUUAUCAUCAGUUGUCGCCGCAUAUUUGUCAUGGCGACGGCUGCUGCUGCUCCUCAGCCUCCGGUGGCUAAGAAAGUGAAACACGAGAUGGAAAAGUUCGGAGAUGUGAGGGUCGACAAUUACUACUGGCUACGCGAUGAUUCGCGCUCUGAUCCCCAAGUUCUCUCGUAUCUUCAUCAAGAAAAUUCCUACACUGAUUCCAUUAUGUCUGGAACCAAACAGUUGGAGGAUCAGAUCUAUUCUGAGUUAAGAGGCCGCAUCAAGGAAGAUGACAUAUCAGCACCUCUACGCAAAGGGCCUUAUUACUAUUACGAGCGGACUUUGGAAGGGAAGGAGUAUGUACAGCAUUGUCGCCGUCUUGUAGAAAAUUGUGCAGCCGUGCCAUCUGUUGAUGAUAUAAUGCCAACUGGACCGGAAGCUUCUCCGGAACAUGUGAUUUUGGAUGAAAAUGUCAAGGCUAAAGAUUAUGCAUACUAUAGCAUUGGUGCUUUUAAGGUCAGUCCGAAUCAUAAAUUAGUAGCUUAUGCGGAAGACACUAAAGGAGAUGAGAUCUAUACCAUCCAUGUCAUGGAUGCUGAGACUCGCUCGCCAGUGGGUGAGCCAUUGGUUGGCGUAACAGACUAUUUCGAAUGGGUUGGUGAUGAGGCUUUGCUAUACAUCACCAUGGAUGAAAUUCUGAGACCAUAUAAGGUUUGGUUUCAUAAGUUGGGUACAACUCAAUCAACUGAUGCAUGUCUUUAUCAUGAAAAAGAUGACAUGUUUUCUCUAGAUCUUGUAGCUUCCGAGAGCAAAAAAUAUCUGUUUGUUGGAUCAGAAAGCAAAACUACAAGGUCUAUUUUCUAUUUGGAUAUCUCAAAGCCUGGGAAAGGUCUUCUGGUUUUGACACCUCGGUCAGAGGGCAUUGAUACAUCCGUCAGCCACCGUGGUAAUCAUUUUUUCAUUAAAAGGAGAAGUGACGAGGCUUUCAAUUCAGAACUACUAGCCUGUCCACUGGACGAUGUAAAUGCAACUACGCUUCUACUUCCUCACAGAGAAAGUGUAAAAAUACAGGACAUAAUUCUUUUUAGUAAUCACCUUGUCGUUUAUGAGCGUGAAGAGGGUCUACCACAGGUUACUUUUUAUUCCCUUCCAGCUGUUGGUGAACCACUUCACACUCUCCAAGGUGGCCAGGCUGUAGAUUUUAUUGACCCUGUUUAUUCAGUGGAGCCAGCGGAGUCGCAAUUUUCUUCGAGUAUACUGCGGUUUUAUUAUAGCUCUUUGAGAACGCCCCCUUCUACAUAUGAUUAUGAUAUGCGUACAGGGGUUUCAGUUCUGAAGAAAGUUGAAACAGUACUCGGUGGGUUUGAUGCCUCAAAGUAUGUAACCAAAAGGGAGUGGGUAAUUGCUCAAGAUGGCACUCAUGUUCCUAUAUCAAUUGCCUAUCGAAAGGAUCUGGUCAAGCUUGAUGGGUCGGAUCCUUUGUUACUUUAUGGCUAUGGAUCAUACGAGAUAUGUGUAGAUCCUAGUUUCAAAGCAUCAAGGUUGUCUCUGUUGGACCGUGGCUUCACAUAUGCGAUUGCCCACAUUCGUGGUGGUGGAGAAAUGGGAAGGAAGUGGUAUGAAAACGGGAAAUAUUUACAAAAAAAGAAUACUUUCACAGAUUUUAUCGACUGUGCAGAGUAUCUGAUAGAGAAGAAAUAUUGUACAAAAGAAAAAUUGUGCAUCAAUGGAAGAAGUGCAGGAGGGUUGCUGAUUGGUGCUGUUCUAAACAUGCGACCUGAUUUAUUUAAGGUAGCUGUAGCUGGAGUACCGUUUGUGGAUGUUGUGACUACAAUGCUUGAUCCAACAAUUCCUUUAACAACAGCAGAAUAUGAGGAAUGGGGUGAUCCUCGUAAAGAAGAGUUUUAUUUUUACAUGAAAUCAUAUUCACCAGUUGACAAUGUAAAAACUCAGAAUUACCCAGCCAUACUUGUUACUGCUGGAUUAAAUGAUCCGCGCGUACUUUAUUCUGAACCUGCUAAGUUUGUUGCCAAGUUGAGAGAGAUGAAAACCGACAAAAAUGUGUUGUUAUUUAAAUGUGAGAUGGGUGCUGGCCAUUUCUCCAAGUCAGGAAGGUUUGAGAAGCUCCAAGAAGAUGCAUUUACCUAUACAUUCAUUUUAAAGAUUAUGAACAUGGUCCCUGCACUUGGUUAAAAUCAUUUUGCAUUAAGGUUGAAAAUCAUUAGAUGGGCGUUUAUCAGAUGUUACACAUCAAGCAAAACGGUCGAGUUCCAGCUGGAAGCUUCAUCAAGGUGUCCAUGUUCAUUUUCUUACCCUUUAAACAAUGGAUUUAAAUUGGAACUUGCUUCAGUGGCUAUUUUGAAUUCUCAUAUUUUGGAGAGGAGUCAUUUCCGAAAAUUAUCUUUGGUGACAUUUGUGACGACAAGAUAAACCCAUUUGUGCACUUUUAUUGGCACUUUCUUUUGUAAUUGUCAUACGUAACGCGCCGUUUCUCUUACCAGUUCUUGCCUUUCAGGCUCACUUCCAUGAGACCAUAAACCGAGGAAGAAAUCGAGGAACCACGCAUGCAGCUUCCUCGUUAUUUUUUUUUUCUUUUGUCUUCUCCUGUUUUGCUCGACAGAAUCUUUUGUUUCAACAGCUUAUGAAAAGGGGAAAUGUGAUAACUUUUCGCUCUAA